UAUCGACGCGAGUGCUUGUUUGUUUUUCGGCUUAAAUUGUGAAUAAAAUAUGCAAUUUCCAAUUGAAUAGUGUUAAUAAACGGAAAAUUAACAUUAUGGCGACUAAUGAACAACCUGAUCUUUUGUUCUUUGACACUUUCUCACACGAUACGAGCGAGGAGCUGAAUUUAGACUUGGUGCAGUUUCCUAAGUCAGUUUACGUGCGUGAGAUCCGUAUUAUACCGCUGGGGGCUCGUGUGGAAGGCGAUUUUCCUGGAGGCGUUCGUCUGGGCGCUACGAAUCCUACUAAAUUUCACAUAGACUUCUUCGUGAAUGAUCUUAGUAAGCCAGGGGCGUCCACGUUCGAGGCCCUAGGCAGCCUGGACUACUGCCAGAAUGGACAGAUUCACAUGGAGUCUGGCUCCGGAUUGGACCAGCCCCGGAUACCCACUGAUGGGCUUGUGUUGCGAGGUUGGUACACAACUAUCACCUUGGCAGUGUAUGGCAACCUGACUCAAGUUAUUCCUGAGACCCCAGUGGGCGUGAACCCGCCUCCCAGUGUUCAGAGACAGGCUAUCCCCAGGGAUGUACCGCCUCCAGCCAAUGUGCCACCUAGUGACUGGAACCAGGAGAACUCCAACCCUAUACCUUCAUACACCGGCAAUGUUGCCACUACUAACCCAGAUGCCUAUGGACCACCUAAUUAUCCUGAGAACUACGACAACCAAAUGUACAGGACCGAUUAUUAUGAUAAUGAACCUCCAAAAGACCCGAGAACUUACCACCAUCUGGAAGACAACGAGUGGGAGAAACGUGAUUUGAGCUGUGAAAGAGAAGGGGAUAGGAUUAGGCACAGUCCGCGUUCGAUAGAGCAUGACAGAGAUAGGGAUAGGAGAGAUGGAAGGAGUCGUAGAAGGUCGUUAGAUAGGGGACGCAGUCGAGAGUCGUCGAGGCAUAGAGAGAGGAGCAGAGAGCUGGAUAGGAUGGAUCGACAUCAUUCGCGAUCUCGCAGUCGAGAAAGAGACUAUGUCGUCAAAGGGGAGUACCGCCCGCUUAGUCGUUCUCGGUCGCGUAGCAUCGACAGACGUCUGUCCAGCGACCGGGACUGGGAUCGCGGCUCGUACAAGAAAGAUGACUACCGACGUCACCGGGAAUCCUCAUACGAUCGAUCACGGGGCGGUUCAUAUGAACGUCGCUCACCGUACGACAAGCGCCCUCCGUCCUACGAACGUAAAGCCUCGUACGAAAAACGUGGACCAUCCUACGAACGCAGAGGUUCAUCAUAUGAACGGCGUGCUCCAUCUUACGAAAAGCAGGCGCCCUAUGAUAGAAAGAGACAUUCGCCUUACAGCCGCAUCAGGACCUCCAGCUAUAACAGCAGAUCGCCCAGUAGAGACGAUCCUAGAAAACGACCCCGGACCCCGCCUGGUGAAAGCAGUCGAAGACCAGUAUCUCCAAGAGAAGGAGAAGCGUCAAGUCCUAUUAACUCAAUCAGAUCUGAAGACACUGGAGAUUAUGACAGGAGUGGAAAACAGAUACCUCGAGUUGAGUUCUACCAUCAGAGUUACAGACAUAAGAGUUCAAUAAGGAGUCCCUCACAGGAAGUUGAGAAUCCUCCGUAUGUGGAGCCUCAGCAUUCUAGCCUAGUUACAGUUCAGAUCGUCGAUAACGCAACGCAAGCUACAAAGGAAAUAGAGUCUCCAAUUCGUAAUCAAGAAGAUGAUCGAUCUAUGGAUGCGGAACAAUUCGAGCCAAUUCUCUCCGAUGAGGACAUCCCCGACGAUAUCGAAGGUCCAGGCUACAUGGAAGUUGAAUACGAUGUCAACGAAUAUGACGGAGUCGAAGAUAUCAUCAAAUACUUUAACCCUUACAAAGCAGACUGGAACAAAUAUGAAUUCAUGAACAAAGUUCAUGUGUUGCCAACAGGGAAAAAAGAAGAAAUCAAACACGUUUUAAACGUAACUUUCGAUGAGCUGUGUGAUGCGAGUCCAGAUCUGUUUAAGAUAUCGGAAAUGACGAAAACUGCGAAUAAUAGAGAACAAAAGUUCCUCGCGAAUACAUUCCCUGAAAUUGACAAUGUAGCAAGAGAAGAGUGGGUUCACCAAUGCGAACAAAUAGCCAUCGCCCUGAGCAAUAUUUGUAAAAACACUGACAUCAUAGUGCGUAUCUUCAACGCUGAUAAAGAUAAGGAUGAAUCGAAUGAAUUUUCUGAUAUUUACGAUCUUCUUAUUACUUUUUGUAAGAUUGGACUUAAUUUUGAGUAUGCUUUGGCCCAGCAACAACCGACUUACAAAAUAAGACACAUGAAAUGUGGUAUUCGCCUAGCUGAAGCGUUGGUCUCACACAAACAUAAUGGCGAAGUUAUGACAAUUCUGUUAAACAUUGGCAUUGAUGUGCCCAUGUUACUUUUGGAGAUGUAUUCUAAAGAGUACAUGGCGUUGAGCAUUCGCUUAAUGAUUCUGAAAGCUUUGAACUCUUGUUUAUCAUCGAAAGUGUCCAUGGAACAUUUUAUGAAAGAAACAAUGUUUCCCAAGUUCGACAAGAAGCAGAAUGAGAGUGAUAGAAAGCCCAUGAAUGGGUAUCAAGCUCUCAUAUCUGUUAUGCAGACUAAUCCGCUCGGUAGGAUCAAGUUUUCCAUAAGCGCAUUAAUUAAGAAACUAAAUAUCUACGAGGUUCUUACAAAGCUACAUGACUUGAUAUCCAAUUUCGGUGUUAAAGCAGAACCACAUAAAGGAGAGGACAGGGAGUUGUCAGAGAGUGACAUAGAAUUCAUAGUGGAUGCGAUGGCAGAGAUUUUAUACAUGUAUCGAUCACAAUGCUUCCACUUGUCUCAACCAAAGAGGUUCCUACCUGCUUCAGCGCAGUUCGAAAUAAACAAGGAAUGUUCCAACGAAAUCCUGUUAGAAUUUUUCCAUCAAUUUCAUAUUUUGGAAGCGUGCCUCUACCUAAUGACGUGUCCAACAACUUGCAACAAUUUAGUUGUGAUCAGUCCAAUUCAUGAUCUCAUUUACGAACUAAUUAACUCUUAUAAUGGACUGAACUUUCUUUAUCAAAACAUGGAAAUGAGUGAGCUAUUGUUCAAGACUUUGGUUCAACCGUACGGACAAAACGAAGAGUUCAUCUACCCACACGACUUGAGUUCUUACAGUGAUCUCCAAAUUUUGGGACUAGAAAUGGCGUACAGAUUGAAAGCAUUAUACUAUUUGCAUUCUAUUGCCGACUUGCAAGCCGGUAAAUCUGAUGAAAACGAAUUGAUAGAUAGAUUGCAAUCAUUAUACUGCCUGAGCUUCGGAAGCAUCGGAAAGACUGCGGUGCCUGACGUCAUAGUGAUGGGAGAACAUGCGGACUGUCUCAUGGAAGUGUUUGAAAACAGCUUGAAAACUAAGAACAAGAGCGACUCUCCUUCAAAACAGAAAUCGCCUGCAAAAGGCUACGCAAUAGAACUUAUAGUUUCGGCAGUUCGUUAUUCAAGCAAUGUUCCCUUCUUGAAGAAAUACGGACAAAGACUUAUCAACGUGUCGAAAGAACAUGAAAGAUUUGAACCUAGUGUCUCUAGUGUACUACAGGAAGUGAUACCGUAUUUGAAACCUGUCGAGAAAACGAAUCUUCUUUCAGGAGAUGACAUGGCGGAAUGUGUGGAAAUUCUCAAAGCUAGCUCGGAACACUCAGCAGACUUGCCUGGAGAGUUAAUGACUUGCCUAAGAAUCCUGAGACACUUCUGUAUCUCAGACUAUGAUAAAAACAUCACCAUAGCUUGUGAAUCAGCUACUGACGAGUAUGUUGAGCUAAAGUAUAAGUACAAUGUCCUUCAACUAUUUUCUCUAGACGGUGUUGCUCAUUUGGCAGGAAUUUUGGACCGAUUGGCGACACAUUUUGACCAGCCCAGUAUGCACACAUCAUUCUUUGCUUCCUCAAAAGGCCUUCAACUCGCACAAAUGAUACUGCCAUGUCUAAGCUUAUUGGAUGAAAUGUUAGCACGAGUCGUUCGUUGCCGCGGUCCAAGGUUCAGAGAUUUGACUGCUGCGCCCGUUUUGCUGAAGACCUAUGGAAUAGUGAAAGCAUUUCCUAUUGGAUCAGUAGGUUAUAGAACUGCCGCAAAAGCUGCCGAAGCCGCCGUAAGGGCAUUACUAGCAUAUGCUCAACCAAUAGCUGACGAUGCAAAUGAUGGAGACUCUAUUCGUCGAGGACCUUGGACUUCACUAUGUUCCGAAGUUAUUUCCUACACCAUGACAGCUCCGUAUACCUUCGUACCCGGACUGUUAAUCUUCUCUGAACUUCUUCCUCUGCCUUUACCUAUGCAGACCAAAUCACCACCAACAGAAAGAGAACUUGCUGAUGCAUCGAACGAGAGACGUCUUUGGUCAGCGCAUCUUCAUGCUUUAUCAAACGACCUGACAGAUUUGAUUCAGAUUAUUUGCAUGUCGACAUAUAGACCUGUAGUUCACAUGUUGAGAAGAGUUUGUGUGCAGAUAGCAGAUUUAGCUCCGAACACUGCCGCGACGGUCGCAAGGGCAGCAGUAGGUGCGGUUACAAGAGAAUUGAAGCCUGGAGAACCGGCGACGGCUAGUGGAGCGAGGGUGCUAGGGUUUUUGGCUUGUCUAGUGUCGCAUGCACCUGUGAAAUGCGCGGUGCUUCACGCGAUGAGUGCGGGCGGCCCACGAUCCAAUGACGUCCAAUCAGCUCUCUGUGGAAUCCUGACGCUUGCAAACGCAGCAAGCGACCACGCCGCUGCGCAGGAAUUCGCCGCUCACGCCUUAGCCGCAUUAUGUGAUGCCGAAGUGACUCUAACACCCCUAAACGUAUCUCAAGAACUCAUCUUAGCCAACUCGUUACCCAAUAAAGACGCCUUAUCAGCAUUUUUAGAUGCUUCAGCGGAUUGCCUGGAAUCUACAACGAAAACUUGCGCAGUAGCUUCGGCUAUUUUAAGAGCGUAUUUUGUGUUAACAGAGCAUGAAUACGGCUUCCAACAGUUCAAGAAAUUUGUGGCUAAACGUCGGGAGUCCUUAGGGAAGUUUUUCAAGUGGGUUUUGGAAGGUUCAGGGGAGGAUAAGGCGGAGUGUUUGAGUCUGUAUAUUGACCUAAUAAGGAUCUUGAAAGGCGAGGAAGGGGAGGGUGCAGUGGGCAGGAAAUCAGUGUUGACUGUUGCAGAGAUGGCAGAUCUUGUGGGCUACUCGCCAACCGAGGAAGAUCAUCCAGCUUUGACCUUGGAGAAGACACUCAAGGAACGCAACGCCGAUGAAGACGCGAUAGCAAACGCGGGCUUCUUAUCAUCACACCUGCAGAAGUUGACAACCCCUGAGGAGCCUAGCACUCCGCCCCUGGAGGCCGCGGAGCCUUCGCCCCUGAGCCCCGAGCCGCUCGUCGCGCAGUUCGCCGCGCGCACUGUGUAUGCUAUAGGAGAAGCCAGUGAUGAACGAUUGACGUCCAGUUACUGGUUGAAUGUGCCGUCCGCCGGAGGGGACGAUGAUGUUAAUGAUCAUGAACAGUUGUCGUCGUGCGACAUCGCGGCGCUGGCGGAGGCGCAGCUGGCGGCCAGCGGCGGCGCGGGCGCCGUGCUGCGGGCCGUGCGGCGCCUGGCCGGCUGCAGGGACGCGCGCCAGGAGCCGCCGCCCAGCGACGACAAGCGGCCCGCAGUGGCGUGGUGCAGGGCGGUGCGCGCAGAGGCGGGCGGGGACGCGUUCCGCUCGCGGCCGCCCAACACGUCGCGCCCGCCCUCGCUGCACGUGGACGACUUCACCGCGCUGUGCCAGCCCUACCCGCAGCCCAUACAACGCGGCGCCCGCCGCGGCGCGGGCCCGCGCUACGCCGGCGCGGCGCCGCCCGCCGCCUACCGCCACCUUCGCGGCCGCGGCGCGUGGGAGAUGGGCGGACAACACUUCGGCCACUUCCCGCCCACCAGCCAGUAUAUGAUGAGUGGCAUGGGGUGGGGCGGCGGGCGCGUGCCCCGCGGGCGGCGCUGCUUCCUGCGGUGACGCGGCCGCUCGCACGCGACUCUCGCCUGACACGCCGCGCCGCGGUCUCAAUAAUAAACUCUAAUACUAGACGGA